AUGGAAAUCGCUCAAAAAUGGUUGGAUCAAAAUUAUCCAAAAGAAGAAAGGAAAGAGAUUUUAAUAAUAACGAAAGAUGAUGUGACUAAAAGAUUGAGCGGUGAAUUGUCUUUGGAUAAUUUUAAUGAACUCAUAGAAAUGGAUUUGUCUAAUAAUAAUAUAACUAAAUUAGAUGUGAGUGAUUGUGAUGAACUAUACAAAAUAAUUGUUGCAAAUAAUAGGCUUACUGAAUUACUAAAUCAUCGAACUCCUGAAAAACUAACAUAUUUAAAUAUAAUGAACAAUAAUAUUAAUAAAACUAAUUUGGAUUGUUUUAGCGAAUUCAUUAAUAUAGAAAGAUUAUUUAUAGGAACGGAUGCUAAUGUAAUAAAACAAAGUUUUUAUAAUCGUUUUUAUGGCACUCUAAAAUCUCUAAAAAAAUUGAAUAAUUUAAAGGUUUUGGACAUUUCUAACACUGAUAUUGAUAAAGGCUUAAGGUACUUACCAGAUAGUUUAGAAGAAUUUUUUUAUGAGGCUGAUUUGCCCAAAGUCAAAGUAACAAGAAUUAAAGAGAAACUUAACCCUUUUGGGAAAAAAUUUAAGAAUUACAAGAAAGAAAAACUAAAGAUAAUACCGCGUAAAAAAUUAAAAGAAAAUGAUGAAUUAGAAGACCAACCGGAAAUUAAUAACUUGCUAAUAUUGGGACGUACUGGCAGUGGUAAAUCAACACUUGCAAACGUAUUGAGUGGUGAAAAUAAUUUUAUAGAAAGUGAAAAUUCAGUUAGUGAAACCAAGCACCACGAAGAUGCGUUGUUCCGGCAUAGUGGAAAAUUAUAUCGAGUCGUUGAUACAAUAGGAUUGUGUGACACUAAAUUACCUAAGAAUCACGUCUUAUCAAAAAUAGCCGAAACUGUCUAUGCUGUGAGAGAAGGGAUAAGUCAAGUUUUUUUUGUUGUAGGAAAAAGAUUCACUGAAGAAGAGACAGAUACUUUCGAGUUAUUAAAAACAAUUCUUUUCGAAUGUGAUAUCGUCAAAUACACCACAAUAAUAAGAACUAAUUUUACUAGCUUUAGGAAUCCUGAUAAAUGUAAAGAUGAUCGUCAAAAAAUAAUGGAUGAAAAUGAUUUUCUUGCCAAAAUAAUAAACUCAUGUAAUGGAAUUAUUCAUAUUGACGCUCCUCCGAUCAAUGUUGAUAGUGAUGAACGAUUACGUUUAAACAAAAAAGACAGGGAUGAAUCAAGAAAUUUAUUACUAAAACAUAUAGAGAGUUUUCAUGGAAAUUAUAAACCAUAUAUAAAAACUUGGGAUCAAUUUAUUUUAGAGAUUGAAAACAAAAUAAUAAUGAUGCACGAGUUGGAUUCUUCUGCGGAGAAUAGUGAAAAAAAAGAAGAAUUAAUAGGAGAGGUUGCCAGAGUAACAGAAUUCCAUUGGAAUGUAUAUAUACCUUUGUUGGGAAAGUCACAAAUUUGUUUUAAAAGCGAAAAUG